GCAUGUUUGAUAAAUAGCAUUCAGUCCAUAGAACAAUGCUUCUUUUCUAUCCCUCUUCCCCUAAAAUCACCUAUAAGCUCUAGCCUAGUGUACUCCUCGCGUUGAUUCCAUCGAAGUACCGAAAACCCAUGCGAGUAGAUGCCUUACCCAUCAUCGCGUAAACCACCGGUGACCAAUGGUCCAUACCCGUGACCUGACCAACCCCGUUGCGCAUAGCAGCCAUCUAGCACGGCACUUUCACGAUCCUACCUCUUACAUCUACACCCACACCUACACCUACAACCAACAACAAUCAGCAAACCUUCCACCCUCGUCAUUUGUGCAUACUGAAGUACACUCACCAAACAUCCCCGAUCGCCCAUCAAACCGCGCGGCGCAGCGCUGUGUCCGAGUCGCCCCCCCCCCCACUAAACCAGCAAGAUCAUCCAUCCCUAAAUGUGCGGUUCUCUCGCGUCACGUCGCUAAUUGCCAAGUGACUCAGCGGCGAUGCCGGGGCGGGGGGAUUGCGCGGCUUCCUCUUCCGUUCCAUGUCGUGUGUCAUGUGAUGGUGGCGGGAAUAUAACCUCCCCCCCCUUUCGGAUGGGUCUAUCUUUCUUCAUCCGUCGUGGAUGGAUGUUGAGGAGGGCGUUGC